AAAUCGAUGAGUAGUGGUGCCGGGUUAACCGGAUCACACGAUGAACGACGACUUUUCGAACAUUUUGUCAUAGCCGGUUUGGCCGAAAAUCAGCCGCUGGAACGUCUAAAACCGUCGUCCGAGGAAUGUGGGCUCCGAAAUACGCAACCACUGGCUCCGAUCACCGACAUUGCCGUCAUUUUCCCGAGUCUCGGUGAAAAACCGCCCGAUGGUUUCGACGUUAUCGAAUCGACUACACUGGGCUACCCGGCAGACCUGAAUCACGGCUCCAUAGGCCAAAAAUCAGUGUUUUUAUGCUACAAAAGAGGUUAUAACAAGCUUCCACUAGUUGAUAUUGGAAUUUUGGACGAAGGACGUGGUGAUAAGCCAAUGAUUGAUUCGAAUGUAGUUCAGACGACACCGUUUGGGCGGUGUGCAAGUGUUAAUAACGCUUCACAGGGAAUCUACCUCACCUAUCGACGAGCUCCACCAAACUCUUCACAGAGCCAAUUCGUAGUGACAGAUAUCAAAGUUAUUCUGGCGAAUAAGGGAGAAAUCCCACCGCACACCUACUACAAAAUCACCAAAAACCUGAAUAAAGGUCUCGUCGGUUCGGAUGUCUUCAUUUGUUAUAAGAAAUCACAGGGAACAGCGAAACGGUUGGCCUAUAAGCCGGCAGUUUUGGAUUAUUUCCCCCGAAGUGAUCAUUCGGGUGAAAUGGAAGAUUUUAAGCUCGCACAGAACGUUGCAAUGUUCUGCCUACCGAUGGGAGCACUUAUCGAGUGUUGGCCUACGAAAUGUGCACCUCCUGAUCGCAGUUUUUCCACUUUUGUGCUCACUGAUGAGAAUGGUACAAAAUUCUACGGCUCCGCAGUAACGUUUUACGAAAAAUAUACAAAACAGUUGAGCGAAGAUCAAUUGGAACAAUUGGACCUGAAAAGUGACGAAGGUGGAACUGUGGAGGAUUCUGGCAGUAAUAAUGAUCCAGCUGAUGAUAUUCUCUUCUACAAAAAUGUGUCAAUAUGUCUGAUAUCGCGUUUUCCGUUCUUCAACUCAUUCAAACGAUUUCUCUUCUUUCUACACAGAAUGUCAUCGACACCGAGUUGUUCACAUCCAGUGCCAAUUGAACGAUACAUUUCUCAUUUGAUGUACGAAGUUUCGUUCCCAACACCCCGCCGCCCACGCGUUUUCAUGCAACUUGGCGCUGAAAAUAUCAGUUUUGACUCACAUGAUGAUAGUCAACUCCCGUUGAACGGAGCUCAACUAAUCGAUACUCUAAAAUAUCUUGGAAGUGAAAAUCUCAUGUAUUUGAUGCUUCUGGCGCUGCUCGAGCAGAAAAUUUUGAUUCAUAGUUUACGACCAUGGAUGCUUGCCGCCGUAGCCGAAUCAGUGUGUGCUCUGAUGUUCCCAUUCCAUUGGCAAUGCCCAUACAUCCCACAAUGUCCGUUGGGACUUGCCGGCGUACUCCAUGCCCCGCUUCCAUUCAUCGCCGGCGUCGAUUCCCGAUACUUUGAGCUUUACGAAGAUCCACCUGAUGACGUCACCUGCUUCGAUUUGGACACAAGUACGAUCAGUUUUUCGACAGUCCGCGCCACUUUCAAAACGUCGAUGUUGCCGAAAAAACCGGCAAAACAGCUGAAAUCGGCGUUGGAGGAUAUAUUUGGAAAGCUGCAGAAACAGGAUUAUUCGACAAAUUCAAAAAGUGAUGGAGGAUUUAUUCCAGUAGAUCAGGAUUUGGUAAAACAGCGACAACGACGAGAGUUCGAGAAUGAAAUUCACGAUGCUUUUUUGAAAUUCAUCGCGAGUAUUAUGAAGGGAUAUCAAGCGUUUUUAAGGCCUAUCAAGGGGGCUCCAAUGACUGAACAUGCUACAGAUACUGGGAAUUUGUUCGAUUUGGAUGGGUUUUUAAGAUCCCGUGACCGUUCGUCUGCAGACUUUUACAAACGAUUCUCGGAGACGCAGUCUUUUAUGAGAUUUAUAGAGGAACGAAGCUUUGUAUCGGAUAAAAACACAUAUAAUGCAUUCUUCGAUGAUUGUAUUGCAAAGUUGACGAGCGCAGUGGAAGACGGUCGAGAUAUCAGUGGAGUUCAACUUUUAGAGCCCGACACAUCGCACAGCCACACUACGAGUACGAUUAACGCGUUAGCUGAUACAAGGACGUCUAUGGUCUUCAUCCCGGCACCGGAGCCAUUUUUGAAUCAGGAGACUGGCGAAGAGCUGCAAUUUGUCUAUGGGGAAUUCCCGUCGAAAAUGCGAAGCGAGUACUUCCAACUGGAUCGACUUGAGAAAAAUGGGAAAGAUGGGGAAAAGGUUCCCAUGCAUUUUGAAGCAUCCCGUUGCUCGGCAGUUCGCACAAAACCGGAAACCCGUUCCUCGUUGCUAGCCGCCACAAAUGCUGUGAAAACCAACCCGCUUCAUUGGUCAAAAACGCUUCUGUUCUACUCAUAUUCACUAUGGUUCAUGCAAUUGGAUAGCCUCCUCACCGCUGCUCCAAACAAGAAGAAAAUACUUCGUCUGGCAUUUAAUGUGCUCGAUCGAAUGGAAAAAACCGAGAUUUUCCCGCUCGAUCAAGUAUGCUAUCGAAUUCUUAUCGAACUUUGCGGAAAAUAUUCGGAGCCCGAGAUGGCUGUCAAGGUUAUGAGAGCCAUGCAAAGAGCUGGGCUUGAACAGAACGCCGUCACCUAUGGAAUCUACCACCGCGCCGUUAUGGAUGCCACGUGGCCGUCGCCAGCUCGCCAAAAAGCCAUAAAAAUGUGGAAUUUGCUGAGAAUUGUGCUCACCGGCGCCGAAACUCUCCGAAAAUGGGCGAAUUUGGAAAGAAGACCGCUGAAAAUUGAUGAAAAAUCGGUGGAAAACACGGAAAAUGCUGAGAAUGUGCAGGCGGAGAUCACGGUGGAUUAUCAGAUUACCAGCUAUCCACUGGAUUCUGUGGAAAAUUCGCCGAAAAUGACCCCAAAACGGCACAAUUUGGAGCAAAAAGAGCCGCUGAUGGAUCCACUGGGUGCUCUGGGCCCCCUGGAAGCUGAAAAUUUGGAAGUUUCACGCGAAAAAACCAAGGAACGAUCAAAAUCGCUGGGAAAAGUUGGAAUGUCGCCAGCGAGAGCGAAAUUCUUUGCCGAUCACGCUACACUGCCAUUUUCCAACGAAAAUACGCCGAAAUCCGAUAAAAAAGAGGCAAAAAGUGGAUGGUUUAAGGGAAUUGCGAAUAGUCCAAUGUUUAAAAUGAUUAAAAGUACUACUUUUGAUUCUUCCAAACAAAACUCUGCUGAAUCAUCAAGUGAAACUAGCUCAAUAACCGGAGCUUCUCCAUCAUUCCAUUCCGUAGUAAAUCAAUUCAAAAAGGGAUACGAUGACGUCAUGCCGUCUCGAUUCCGUCUCGGCGUUUCCACACUAUUGAACAAAUCCGUCGGUGCAAUGGGCUCUGGAAUGAUUUAUUCGGACGAUCGGGCUUCUGCGGAAAAUCCGUUCUUUGUGAAUCCAAAAGAUCCGGCUUAUGUGCUAGAUUCGGGCGUACCGAACUGUCUGCUGCGGGAGGAAUAUUGGAUGCGUGAGGUGUAUUUGCAGUUGAAACGGAGCCGUGAGCGGGUUGAAAAGGGUCAGAAAAGCGAGGAAAACGAGGAGAUUUCCGAUGGAAUAGCGGAUUUCCCCCAAUUCUCCGCAAAAACUCCAGGAAAACUGGAGGUGAUCCUGUGCACCGCCACCUACUGCCCGUCAUGCCGAACAAUGGUCUACGAUGAGGAAAUCAUGGCCGGCUGGAAAGUUGACGAUCAGAAUUUGAACACAAUAUGCCCACACUGCUCGGGAAGCGGAACGGCGACAGACGCCGUCUCCAACGAAACCGCAGCCAUUCAGGAGAGCGUUUUCGCGCCGAGACUCAAAAUUCGAAUGAGAUGGAUUGAGGAGAUGAAGAGUAGUUGGUAUCAGCCUGGUGGACUGCAGGAGACACCGAUUUCGACUCCCGAAAAAACGACGUCCACUCCCUCGGAUAUCCAGCUUGAAGUUGCAUUUGUAAGCCCAUUGGUGCUCCGUCGUGAGCUUGAAACACUCCUAUCCACUGAUAAGGACGCGAUGAGGAAUGAAUCGCUGAAAACGACGCAUCCGGUGGUUUUCUGGAAUUUGAUAUACUAUUUGAGAAGACUCUCCCUUCCGAGCCAUUUAUUCUCGUGGAUUGCCGAACGUCAUCACAUUCGUUGCGUCUUUGAUCUACCAACACAACACGACGAAACCCGUCUCCCAUUGUACUUUUACAACCCGAAUCACGAUGGAAACGCGCCAAGUUUCGGCGAUUUUACCGAAAAAAUCACCCGAAAAUUGGAGGAUGGCUCGGAUUCGACGGGCUAUGCUACAUGGAAGACGGUCACCGACUCGGUGAACAAGAAUUUGCUGUUUAAGGCAGUUCAGACACUGGUCAACUCGUCGCGAUUGGUGAAAAAUGGAAGUGUUCAUGUUGGAGCACAUUUUCCCAUUUUUAGAGACAUUCAAUUCGCAUCGAUUGACGUAUUUGGCAGAGCACUGCUUCGUGAUGCUCUCGACACUCAAUACGACUCGGAAUCCAACAAAUUACCGCCGAAAAUCAAGGAAAUCCUUCCGCUUCAGGAUCAUCCGUUGUCCCAUGUCACCCGAGCGUGCCGCAAAGUUUUCAUGCCAUUGGACCUAUUUUAAUCACUUUUUUUUUUGCUUUUUUGUGUAGAAAUUUGGGAUUUUUCGCGUUUUUCUUACCCAGGAAAUUUGAGAAAAAAGAUUUUGAAAAAAUUCGAAAAAAAAAAUUUUUUCGGAAAAUUUCAGAUUUUUUCAAAAAAUUGUGGGGGCUUUGCAAUUUUGAAAAAUGCGAAAAAAAAAUUUUCUAAUUUUUGGCAUUUUUUUCUAGAAAAAAAUUGAGAAAAUAUCGAUUUUUUUCAAAAAGUAUGAAUUUUCAAUUUUUUUUUAAUUUCUGAAGAAAGCCCCAUUUAAAAAAAUUUCGAUUUUUCUAGAAAUCAAUAUUUGAAGAAAAUUUAAAUUUCAAAUUUUCCGGAAAUUUUUUGAAAAAAAUUUUUUUUUCAAUUUUUUCAAUUUUCCAAAAAAUCUGAAAAUUUGCAGUUUUUGAACAUUUUAACAAAAAAUUAUAAAAUUUCGAGAAAAAUUAUCACUUUUACAAAAAAAAUCCCAUUUUUAGCCAAUUUUCUUCAUUUUUUCUGUAUAAUUGUAUGUUUUCUUUAUAAUUUUUCCUAUUUUUCUCUAUUUUUCCCCCAUUUUUCUUUAAAUUUUUCACAAUUUCUUCCCCCUGUACGAGUGCCCUUUUUUCCCCUUCAUAGUUGUGACCGAAAAAUCAAAAAAAUUUCUAGUGUUGUUCUUUUUAAUGUUACUGUGAUUCUCUCCAAUUGCUUCUGAUGAUAUAAUUUUUUAAUUCUUUUGGAUCACUGAAUUAUAAGACUUUUAUCGACGGAAA